AUGGGGUCGAUGUGGUGUGGUUCUGUCUUGGCGCUGCUGGCUCUCGCCGGGGCGUCCAACAUCUCAUGCCUGGAUUCCUUCGGCUCCGUCACCCCCUUGUCAGCCCAAGACAAGCAUUGCCUUCUGCCUGAGCUGGAUGCAUUGGUUGACUCGCCCCAACGCUUCUACUUCGAGAAGAUUGGGGUUGUGGUAGGCUAUGAGAUCUUGUCCAAGCUCGGGGAGAUUGAAUUCACCUUCGCAGUGCCAGCUACGGGUUGGUUCGGCUUCGGGAUCUCAGAAGUAGGGAGCAUGAUUGGAGCCGACAUGUUGAUCCUGGAGGAUGGACCGAAUGGAUUCGAAGUCACCGACUCCUAUUCCCACGGCUUCGAGCGUCCUGUGGCCGACAAGCUUCAGAACUGGCAAGCCCAGAGCAUCACUCACCUGAGCCUGGGGGAAACCUGUUUGGGACAGACGGUGGUGACCAAGGCCGUGCUCCGACGAAUGAUGAAGACGUGCGAUGCCGAGGAUGAGGACCUAGGGCCUCAGUGGAUGCAGAACUACUUCGUGGCUGCGUACGGUGAUGGGCGCAUGAACUACCACGGCCAGGUGCGCGAGACCACUUCACACUACAUGUACUUACCUGAGCCCCUCUUGCAUGAAGAGACGCUUGAGGCUGUGGAGGUGGACGUUCUGGGUCCAAGCAUCCGGGUACCUCAGGGGCAGACGAACUUCUGCUACAUCAAGGUGGAGAUACCUUGUGACAUCAAGGUUCAUGCCUGGGCCGUCUUGAACACAAGAAACCUUCAUCACAUGCAUUUGGGGCCCUUGGAGCCAGAGCUGGAUUUCCCAGAGCAAUACCAGUGUUCAAGUUACAGUCCAGGCCAAGUGUCCCUCUCCUGGGGCCUUGGAGAUGCGAAGGAAGUCCUGCCAAACAGCCUCUUCAUCGAGAUGAAGGCUGGCACUUACGUCCUGGAGGCUCACUUUGAGAACCCUGCAAAAGACGCCUUUGACAUCCAGACUGGCUUCCGCCUGUGGGCCGCCAAGUCUGAUGUGUCUGCUGACAAGGCGGUGGGUAUCACGAGCAUCAAAGGAGUCUGGAGAGAUGUGCUGCCGGCGAACCAUAUUGUCCAGAAGAGCUUCGUGUUGACACAGGCGUGCACAGACACCCUUCCAGCACAUGGAAUCACCGUGGUUGGUGCCUUGGCACACAUGCACUACGCCGGCAAGUCCUUGAAGGCUUACCGCACGAGGCGCGGACGCACCGAGAUGCUCUUCGAGCAGCGGGGGUUCGACUUCAAUCGUCAGGCCGUGAUCUACAAAUCUUUCAAGCUUAUGCCCGGGGAUGUGAUCUCAUGGACAUGCACGUGGGACUUGAGGAACCUGGGUGACAAGGUGUAUGGCUUGAGCUCUGAGGAUGAGAUGUGCCAGAUCUUCCUGGCUGCCAACCCUCCACUGCCCUUCGCACGAGCCACGGUGGGCAUCCUCAGCCAAGGAGAUGAGUACGGCGUUUGCGGCACGCGUGCUUGCUUUGACUUGGAGGAAUGUUCGACGCUGGCACCACACAGCGCCGAGUUCCACAAGAUUGAACUUCAGCCUUUGACAACCGAAGAGGGUCCGCAGCGCGAACUCUGUGAGUUGCUUGUGGAGGCAGAGGCGACUCCGCCUGUGAACAACUGGAUCUUUCCUCAGAGCAUGAUCGUGCAUUUGGGCAUCAUCUCGGUGACCUACAAGCUUGUGACACUGCUCUACAGUCGACUUGAGGGUCGCGUGGAUGUCCUCAAGAGAUCCUUGAACUGUGAGUUGGCUUUGCUUGGAGUGAUUGUGGGCACGCUCAUCGCCUGUCAUCCGGAAUGGUUCCUGUCUGAAGCUGAGAAGGUCUACUCGGUGAACGAGGCCAUUGGUAGCUCCUUCUGGUCUUUGAGUGCCUGUGCAGAUUUAGUGGGCAGCGCCUAUGUCUUCGAGCUCGUUGUCAGAGGCAGCAACGAAUGUUUGCGCUGGGAUUUGGCCGUGCACCACUCGGCAACCAUUGCCAUCAUUGGCAUGUUGCGCAACGCCUUCGCCUACGAGUAUGCGCCGCAAUUCUAUGCAAGCAUAGCAGCCUGCCUGCUCUUGCAUGUUGUCACGGAUGUUCCCGUGUUGCUCAUCUUCGCCCUUCGUGGUGUCUCUGCUGACAAGACUUGCUUCAAGAGGAGCCUUUUCGUGGCAGCAUGGAUCAAGCUCGCAAUGCAUACGGCGAUCAACAUUUGUUCCGUCCUUCUUUUCGUCUCAGGCUCUAAGACCUUUCGCCUGGCGACAGUAAGCUUCGCUUCUUGGCUGAAGACGGGCUACAACAAUGAUCGUCCUCUUGCAACAGACGCAAUGCGACAGUUCGAUUGGGCCGCAGUGCUCCAUGUCGGCAUUCCAGUAUUGGUGUCCAUCCUCUUCCUUACGCAGUUGUGGACGACGUGGGUGCUGCUGCGCGUGAGCCGCACAGAGGCUGAGAGUGCUGAGACUCCUGCAGAUGCACACGGUAAAGACACACCAGCCCAGACUGAGUCUGUGAACUGA